AUGUGUCGAGGAGGAGUGACCGCCAUAAAGGUCAACCUCUGGCACUGUGACUGGGAGAAGCAAAAUCCGGAAUUAUAUCAGUUCGACUUCAGACACGGACAGGGAAGGACGUGCGCAGCGAUGGCCCGCAGAUCCUUGCAACGAGUAGCAAUUGCAAUGGCUUUUGUCCUGUUGAUGAUUACCCAGUCCAGAGCGCAAGUCAUAUACCCGGAGGAGGCGCCGACGACGCCCUGCCAGCUGCGGUCGGGGGCGGAGGGCCGGUGUCUCCCCAUCGCCUCCUGCGCCUCAGCAGUCCUGCAGCUGAACUCGGGGGAGAGGCCCGUCCCGUGCGGCUUCGAGGGGCGCGCGCCCGUCGUCUGCUGUCCGCCUCCAGCGGAUGAUAACGGCAAGGCAGGUGACCUGCAGGCCCUCCAGGUGUCAGCUCCGGCUGUAGACUUCGAAUGUGGCGAUUCCACUCCCGUAGAAGUCCCCUUGGUCUUCGGUCUGAGCCGGGUCUCCAGGAGUAACCUCCAGAAGGAUUCUUUGGCUACUGUGGGCAUUGCCCCGCCGGAAAACGUCCCUGAGGUUGUAGGUGGCUUUCCGGCGAGGCGUGUCUUGGCCAAAUACACGAGCCACAUCAACCCCGUGUGUCUCCCCUGGGGUCGCGAGGCGGAGAGGGACCUCACGGGGGAGGCCCUCGUUAUCACGGGCUGGGGGGCGACCGAGCACGGGGGCUCCGGAAGCACGGUGCUGCAGGAGGUGGCGCUGACGGCGUUCCCCCCCUCCCGCUGCGACCAGAGCUACUCGACCCCCCAGUACUCGCGAUACUGGCCCAGGGGGAUCGGCAACGAGACCCUGUGCGCCGGGGACCCCCAGGGGGGCAAGGACGCCUGCCAGGGCGAUUCCGGCGGGCCCUUGGUGUACCUGGACGAGCGCAAGAGGUACGUCCUGGCCGGCGUCGUGUCCAGUGGCUAUGGCUGCGGCCUUCAGGAGUUCCCGGGUCUUUACGCCAACCUCCGUCAGGCACCUUACCUCCGCUGGAUCAAGAAGGUGGCCUUCACCUGAGCUCUGCCAUACAUUCGUCUGAAGGGAGUGACUAAGAGAGAAAACGAUAAAUAAAAAGAAUAAACAUGGACCGACUGAGAGAGAUAGAUAGAAAUGAACAUGAAUUUGCAAUGAAUUAUUCUUUGUAUUCCAUUGAUGACAUGGAAACGAGCACGCUCAGUGUUUAAUUGUUAGAACGAAUAAAUGUGUUAGAGGCCCAAGGUG